AAUAACAUUACAAGAUUGUGUGAGACUUAAAGAAGACAAGGGUAGUGUAUAUAUAUAUAUAAAGCGUUGUGUAAAAGGAGAAGCUGAGUGAGAGGAAAUGACAGGUUACUAUGAGCAUGGAGACCCUCAAGCAUUGUCACUUGAGAAGCUUGAAUCCAAUACUGACAAGACUGGGGAUGAAGACAAUGAUUGCCCAAUUGAACAAGUUAGGCUUACAGUUCCUCCAACUGAUGACCCAACACAGCCGGCAUUGACAUUUAGAACAUGGGUUCUUGGAUUGAUAUCGUGUGUUUUUCUUGCUUUUGCGAACCAAUUUUUCGCGUACCGCCAAAAUCAGCUGUCAAUUUCGUCAGUCUCAGCACAAAUCCUUGUACUCCCACUAGGGAAGCUAAUGGCUGCAUAUCUUCCAUCAAAGCCAAUUCGAGUCCCGCUCACAAACUGGUCCUUCUCCUUGAAUCCAGGGCCAUUCAACAUGAAGGAACAUGUUUUGAUCACCAUUUUCGCUAGUUCUGGGGCUGGGGGAGUCUAUGCACUUCAUAUUGUUACUGGUGUCAAGGCUUUCUACCACAGGAAUAUCUCUGGUGUAGCAGCCUUUAUAUUAUCACUAACUACUCAGAUGCUUGGAUAUGGAUGGGCUGGACUUUUCAGAAAAUAUCUUGUUGACUCACCUUAUAUGUGGUGGCCUGCAAACCUGGUCCAAGUCUCUCUAUUCAGGGCAUUGCAUGAAAAAGAAAAGAGACCUAAAGGAGGACAUACAAGGCUACAAUUCUUCUUUAUGGUUUUUGUAGCAAGCUUUUCUUAUUACAUUGUCCCAAGCUAUCUUUUCCCUUCAAUAUCAGCUCUCUCCUUUGUUUGUUGGAUUUGGAAGGACUCAGUCACAGCCCAACAGAUUGGUGGAGGGAUCAAGGGCCUUGGACUAGGCUCAUUUGGCCUUGACUGGUCCACUGUAGCCGGCUUUUUGGGCACCCCUUUAGCCACACCUGGGUUUGCUAUCAUCAAUAUUUUAGUGGGGUUUAUGUUGAUUGUCUAUGUCAUUAUCCCGAUUGCUUAUUGGAGUAAUGCAUAUGAUGCCAAGAAGUUUCCUAUCUUUUCUUCCCACACUUUUGAUCACACUGGACAGCGCUAUAACAUAUCCAGAAUUCUGAAUGAGAAAGCAUUUGAUAUUAAUCUUGCAGCUUAUGACAGUUACAGCAAACUUUAUCUAAGUGUGUUCUUUGCCUUAACUUAUGGUUUGAGCUUUGCUACUCUAACAGCUACCAUUACUCAUGUUGCCCUCUUUAAUGGAAAAACAAUCUGGACACUCUGGAAACAGACAGCUAGAGCAACAAAAGAUCAUUAUUCGGAUGUGCAUACAAGGUUGAUGAAGAAGAACUAUAAACAAGUCCCUCAGUGGUGGUUUUAUACAAUCUUAGUUUUAAUGGUUGCUCUUGCCAUGGUUGCUUGUGAAGGUUUUGACAAACAGCUGCAACUCCCAUGGUGGGGACUAUUACUGGCUUGUGGCAUUGCACUGUUUUUUACUUUACCCAUUGGAAUAAUUCAAGCCACAACGAAUGCGCAACCAGGUCUAAACGUGAUCACAGAAUUGGUUAUUGGUUACAUUUAUCCAGGAAAGCCCCUCGCUAAUGUGGCUUUCAAGACCUAUGGCUACAUUAGCAUGGUACAAGCACUCUCCUUUGUUAAUGACUUCAAAUUAGGCCACUAUAUGAAAAUCCCACCAAGAUCCAUGUUCAUUGUGCAGUUAUUUGGAACAAUAGUUGCUUCAAGUACCUACUUUGCCACGGCAUGGUGGCUUCUCACAAAUAUAAAGGACAUAUGUGAUACUUCAUUGUUGCCCGAGGGGAGUCCUUGGACAUGCCCUGGGGAUGAUGUCUUCUACAAUGCUUCCAUUAUUUGGGGAGUCAUAGGUCCACUCAGAAUGUUCACAAAAUAUGGUGUCUACAAAGAGAUGAACUGGUUCUUCCUUCUUGGCUUCUUAGCUCCUAUCCCUGGCUGGUUUCUCUCACGCAAGUACCCCAACAUCAAGUGGCUUAGACUUAUACACAUGCCUAUUAUCAUUGGAGCUACAAGUAACAUGCCACCAACUAGAGCAGUGAACUAUUGGGCUUGGGGAGCUGUUGGAAUUUUCUUCAACUUCUAUGUUUACAGAAAGUUUAAGGCAUGGUGGGCUAGACAUACCUAUGUCUUAUCUGCUGCUUUAGACGCUGGGGUUGCCUUUUUGGGUGUUCUACUUUUCUUCACACUUCAAUCCAAGAAUAUAAUUGGUCCAGAGUGGUGGGGUCUGGCCAGUGAUGACCAUUGUCCAUUGGCUUCAUGCCCCACAGCUCCUGGGGUUAAAAUUGAGGGGUGCCCUGCCUUUUGAGAUGCUUAAGGUUUAUGUCUUGGGCACAUGUGACAUUCAAGGUCCUCCAAUGCCUGAUGAAGUUGGGAGAUGAAGUUGUAGAAUUCAUUAAUUUGAUAUAUGUUUCUUCAUGUUGGGCCAAUAAGGCAUUGUAAAAAGAUGCAAUUCUUUUUUUUAA